AUGGCGGUUGCGGCUUUUGGGCAGUUGAAUCUCGAAGAGCCUCCACCGAUUUGGGGAUCUCGUAGUGUCGAUUGCUUCGAGAAGCUAGAACAGAUUGGAGAAGGAACUUACGGUCAAGUUUAUAUGGCUAAAGAGAUCAAAACUGGUGAGAUCGUGGCUCUGAAAAAGAUUCGUAUGGACAAUGAAAGAGAAGGGUUUCCUAUAACUGCAAUCCGGGAGAUAAAAAUUCUGAAGAAGCUGCAUCAUGAAAAUGUCAUCCAUUUGAAAGAGAUUGUGACUUCUCCAGGCCGAGAUAGGGACGAUCAAGGAAACCCAGAUAAUAACAAAUACAAGGGUGGAAUCUACAUGGUCUUUGAGUACAUGGAUCAUGAUUUGACUGGACUUGCUGAUCGUCCUGGACUGAGAUUUACGGUCCCUCAGAUAAAGUGUUACAUGAAGCAACUCCUCACUGGGCUUCACUAUUGUCAUGUGAAUCAAGUACUUCACCGUGAUAUAAAAGGUUCGAAUCUCCUUAUUGACAAUGAGGGAAAUUUAAAGCUUGCGGAUUUUGGGCUUGCACGGUCAUUUUCUCAUGAUCAUUCUGGAAAUCUUACAAACCGUGUAAUCACGUUGUGGUAUAGGCCCCCUGAAUUACUACUUGGUGCGACAAAAUAUGGGCCAGCGAUUGACAUGUGGUCUGUUGGUUGCAUAUUUGCUGAACUUUUGAAUGGAAAACCAAUCUUGCCUGGGAAAACUGAGAAUGAACAAUUGAAUAAGAUUUAUGAACUUUGUGGAUCUCCUGAUGAAAACAACUGGCCUGGGGUUUCCAAGAUGCCGUGGUAUAACCAAAUGAAAUCAUCUCGACAAUUGAAGAGACGUGUAAGAGAGAUCUACAGACAUUUUGAUCGCCAUGCGCUUGACCUACUGGAGAAAAUGUUGGUGCUUGAUCCAUUGCAGAGAAUAUGCGCAAAGGAUGCUCUUGAUGCUGAGUACUUUUGGACUGAUCCAUUGCCUUGUGAUCCAAAGAGUCUACCGACAUAUGAAUCAUCACAUGAGUUCCAGACAAAGAAAAAGCGGCAGCAGAUGCGUCAUAAUGAGGAAGCAGCCAAAAAACAGAAACUGCAGCAUCCGCAGCAGCAACACUCUCGUUUGCCUCCACAGCAACAUGGUGUUGGUCAGUCUCAUGCCGCUCCACAUUGGCCUGCUGGACCAAACCACCCUAUUAACAGUGCGCCGCCACCGCAACUACCUGCUGGUGGACCUAGCGGCCACCACUACUAUCAAAAGCCCCGUGGUGGUGCACCUGGUCCGAAUCGUUAUCCUCCUAGUGGAAACCAACCCGGUGGUUAUAAUAAUCAGAGCCGUGGAGGUUACAGUAGCGGAUCAUAUCCUCCACAAGGUCGUGGUGCACCAUAUAACUCUGGUCCUAGAGGACCUGGUGGUGGCUAUGGGGCUGGACCUCCUAACUACCCACAAGGUGGUCAAUACGGUGGCUCUGGUGGUUCUGGAAGAGGUCAGAAUCCAAUGGGUGGUGCUAGAAACCAACCAUAUGGAUGGCAACAGUAA